UCCAUUUGAUAGUGAGGAGACCAAGGUUCAUUAUAACUUGUGUAGCUACUGAUUACAGGAUAUACUCAAAGACUUAUGGGAUAGCAGAACUGAUAUUAAAGAUGUUACGACAUGUUUGUCAGGAAUAAAUUUGGCUUCCACAAAUGAAAUAAUACGGGGUACUCUAAAAUGACUGCUAUAGACAUAGGUAAACGACUGUUAUCGUUUAUAGAACGACUCUGUUACAGUUGCAAAGAAAAGUAUCAGUUUUUCUAAACGGAAUUAGAAAAUUUGUUUGGAAUCUAAUGCUUCCUGCUUUCUCCACGAACAAAAAGUAUACAUAUGCUGCUAAGUUGUAUUCAAUUUCAUAGUAAGCUAAAAAAAAUGCUUGCUAAAAUUUGUUUUUAUUGAAAACAAAUUUAUGAUGGAAAAGACAGAUAAAGGAUUACCACAUCGUGUCUCUUGUGAAAAUAAUUCGAGCAUUCAUGCAUCCGUAUCAUCACAAGCACAGUACAGUUACUAUGGAAACAAUGAAAACAAAUCGGAACAAAGUCUUUGUGAUCCGUGCCUGGUCUUAGAAAAGCAAGAAGUCGCAACCUCUCUUUGUCUUGAAUGUGAAGAACGUCUUUGUGCUUACUGUACUAAUCAACAUAGAACAAGAAAACUCACAAAAUCGCAUGAACUUAAAAGUCUUGAAAGUAUACCAGUUAUGGUCGAAUGUGGACUUUGUGAGAAUAAAACAGAUCAGGGAUCAUGCAUGUACUGCCAUGAUUGUGAGGAAACAUUGUGUUCACGUUGUGCACAAAAGCAUAACAACAAGACUGUUUUCAAACAUCAUAAACUUGUUAUGUCCGACAGCAAAACACGAAAGGAAAUAUUAGUUUGUGAUCCGUGUAAGCAAAAUGAAGAGGUGAAAACUGCGGAAACUUUUUGUGCACAAUGCGAGGAACAUUUGUGUGAUAUAUGUACACGUUACCAUAGAGCACUAAAGGCCACAAAGGAACACAAACUCAAAAGUCUCUCUUCUGAAAUAUCGCCCCGUUUCCCAUGUUGCGAACCUUGCAGCGGGGAUGGUAUGUCAGUUAACGCCACACGUGUUUGUGCUCAGUGUGAAGAACUUCUUUGCGAUAAAUGUACAGAGGAGCAUACAUCGAUGAAAAUGAUGAAGGGCCAUCAAAUUAACGAUAUAAGUGAGGUCUUUAAACAAGAUAAUGUAUGGUGUGGUCAGUGUAAGGAAGAGGGUGUUUUUGAAAAGGCUGUGAAAUUAUGCUCGGAUUGCAAAGAUUAUUUGUGUGUAAACUGUUGCAAAAUUCACAAACGUUUCAAACUGUCAAAGGACCAUUCACUACUAGAUAUAGAUGAAGUUAAACAAAUAGACAUGGAUAUCAGAAGCACUAUGAUGACGUGUGGUGAUAAUAAUGACACAGACACUAUGAGGAGCAAAGAGGAUAGACCUGGCAAACCAAGAAGGUUGAAUGAUAUUUUGGAAGUCGUUUCACUGACAUGGGAUCCUCCGUCAGACAUCAGAGAUGGCUACUACUACCAGAUAAGUUACAAAGAGUUGGAACACGGCGGGAAAUGGACUCUUUAUGAUGAAGUCUUUCAAGAUGCAACCGCUGAACUGAAUGACUUGCGGGCAAAUACAGUAUUUGUGUUUCGUGUUCGCGUGAUAUACGAGGACAGAGAAGGGCCGUUUAGUGAAGAAAGUAACGAGAUCCGGACGUCUUUAUCGGCGGCCUGUCAAGUCUUCCAGCAAUCAGUAUCAUUGGUCAAGGCCAAUUUCUCACAACCAGUAUAUGGUUUACCAAUGAACGAAAUUAUGCGACACGAAACGUCAAGAAUAAACAAACUUGAGUUUAGAUCAACCGAAACAACGGAGCAAACCUCUAAAAAGACCAAAACCAUUUUGAUUCUUGGCGGAACUGGCAGUGGAAAAAGUACUAUGAUCGAUUUGAUUGUCAACUACAUACUCUGUGUCAACUGGAAUGAUCCGUUCAGAUUUAAAGUAACAGAUUUAAAUAACAAAAGCAAAGACAGAGGCAGUUUCAGUACAGCCUCUCUCACAGAAUGGAUCACCUGUUACACGAUAAAUAACAUAAAUGGAAGCCGGUUAUGCUAUCAGCUUAAUAUUAUAGAUACUCCAGGAUUCGGAAAUACACGUGGUUAUAAGAGAGACCAAGAAAUUGUUGACCAGUUACGGGAGAUACUCUCCGAUAAGCAGCCAUACGGUCUGGCAUUGAUUGAUGUGGUAUGCUUUGUAAUCAAAGCCCAUGAAUGUCGCCUUACAUCUUUUCAAACUUACAUUUUCCAGUCAGUACUGACAUUAUUUGGAAAAGACAUUGGACACCAUAUAUGUUCGUUUAUGACAUUUUCAGAUUGCACAGAGCCUUCUGUCAUAGACACACUUAAGGAAUAUAAGUUUCCAUUUGGGCCACCGUUUUCAUUUAACAAUGCUAGUUUGUGUUGUAAAACAGCCGCAACAAGUAAUUGUAGGAUGAAAAAGAUGUUUUGGCAAAUGGGAAUUAAAAGUUUACAUUCUUUUUUUAGUCAUAUAGAGACGAUCGAGGCAAAAAGUUUACAUAUGACAAAAAUGGUUCUUCGGCAUCAGUUAAGUUUACGAGAAACUUCUAAAUUUGUUUUGUGCCAUAUAAACGUUUUAAUGGAAUGUAAAAGCAAAUCAGAGGAAGUUCAAAAGGAAUUAGACAAAGAUAGGUCAGUUGUUGAUAACAGUCAAACAAUCGAUAAUGGAAACAUGGUGCCAAGCAAUAUCAACGCUGAAACUCUUGAAAGGAUCUCGGCGAACGAGAGAAAUAUUGAACAUUUAGGACAUGAAAUAAAAACACAAUCAGAAGAAAUUGAAAGGUGUAUUUCUAUAUUAAAAUCAGCCCAAGAUAGAUUAAAAGAGAAAGCUCUUUUAUGCAGGUCAUUUUCUGAAUAUCUUGACUUGCUUAUUCAAAAUGAAGAACUUGAAAAAACUGAGAGAGGAUUUGAAGGAAUUAGAAUUCUUAAAGAAAUGAGCCGUAAAGCGGGUUUUACUUGAUAAUCAUCAAACCGUUGUCAUAGCGAACUGUUUAUAUGAAAUAACACGAAUUUCAAUUAUCUCACUUCGUCCUUCAUUAUGUGAAUAAACAAAAAAUAUGGUUUUAAGUAUUGUGUUGAAAGUGGUUUUUCCGAUAUUUUUUUGUGUGACUUGUAUAUACAUGCAUAUUUGUUUUAAGAAAAUGUAAACUGGUCAUGCUACUUGUGUCACUCGGUCAAUCAUCAACAUGGACUUUGCCAGUUAAUAGCAGAGAAAACCUUUGUCCCACCUUUUUCUAUUCAAUGCUAGAGGUUAAUUGCUGACGAACAGUAUCGCAAACAAAAACAUGUGUUUUUUUCUGUUAAUCUGGUCAACCAGUGACUAUGAAGAAUCCAAGUGUUUGCAUAAACUGUAAACACUGGAAAUGCCAAUUUUGGGGUAAAAAUCUUAUUUUGAGAAAUAUAUUAUUAUCAACGUGAUGACUUUACAAAAUUAGCAAAUAUGAGUAUCUAUACAUACGGAAAAAUUGUUUUGUAAAGGUUUAAGUCAUCUCUUUUGUAAAUAUGCACGUAUAACAGAAAUUUGUCUAUUCAAUUAAUAACAUAGCUCAAAACAUGGACAAUUAAUGUAGGAAACAUCAAAGCAUAAAAUUUUCUGGUAAAACUGAGUAACACCAGAAAAGUGAAGAUACAUUUAAAAUUGAUACAUUACAUUAACAGUUUUUAUUUGUUAAAUAAUCUUAUUUUUAUUCAUAUUUUCACGCACAAAAAAGAGUAUUCAUUGGAGUAAAAUAUCCGACCAAGACAACUUAAACAUUCUUUACAAACACAAGAAAGAAGGAAGAUAACGACGCAACAAAAUAUGAUAUCAUAACACUCCGCAAGUAAAUUUGUUUUUUUUUCAUUUUGAAUUGUCGUUAUUCUGAGUUUUUCGUUAGAAGUUAAGUCUAUGUAAACUGUAUGACACAACUGUUUAUUAUUAUUAUCAUUUUUAUUUUCUACUCUUUUUUAUCAGAAAGCAAAAUGAAUCAAAAGUGAAAACCAAAUUAUAUUGUACGAACGUGUGUUAAUUUAGAUUAAUAUGGAACUAUUAAAAAUGCACUGAUCAUAUAAAGUGAGAAAAUAAAAAUGAAACUCCACAAGGAAUUAAUAUAAGUGUUAUGCUUGUUUCCAAUUCAUAUAUAUUGUGAUGUUAUAUGAUACACGCUUGUACAUUUUCUUAAUAAAAUAUGUUUAAACUAAGUUUAGUCAAGUAACUCCAUGGAGAUAUACAUAUGUAUUACGUUAUAUUAAAAUAUAAAAUGUGUUUUAA